AUGUCGCGCGAUCGACCGCCCGGCGAACCUUCAUUCGCAGCACCUUUGACGCCGCCACGAGGUGCGGGUACGCUACCCACCCCGCCAACAUCUCACAUCGAGUUGCCCGGCGACAGACCGCCUCAUGGCAGCGCUGCCCACUUUGCCAGUGGCAGCAACAACGAUGCGCCGCUAUCGUCGGACGCAGAGCAGGCGACUGACGGAGAACCAGAUGCAAGCCCGUCGGCCAUCGUCAUGUCACGUCGACAGAACCGGCUAAGCCAGCGUGGAUCGGCGGCCAACAUUGAACUUCAACAGAUCGUCUCGCCACUACAAGCCAGCCGCAGCUCGCCUGCGGGUCGAGCCUCGCUAGACAAACCCUUUUCCGACCAAGAAGUGACCAUGUCCCGAUCAGCAUCCGUGCGCAAAGCGCGCCGAGUGGGUAGAAAUGAGAGUCGCCGCGCGAAGAGCGAGUUCGACGUGGCGUCGGACUCUGACCACUCCAGCUUCUCACACGCUGCAAACGAAGACUUGCGCAGUCGCACGCCUAGUCCUAUACUUGGAAGCUCUCGCGGUCAUUUGAGUGCUCAAGGCGCAUUUGGACCGAGCGUGCAGAAUGUCGAUGCGGUUCUAUUCGGCGAAAAUGACGAGGAAGGGAGCCGACAAGAAGUCGAAUCCUUGCUGGACGAGCUUCGUCAGAUGAGUCUUGCCACAGGCGGAAUCGGAAGAGAGUCCAACAUCGUCAAUAUCGUGAGUAGGAAUCGCAAUUGUCAUGGCAACCAGCAUGCCGCGUGCUCAUUCCCUGUCCGCGGUCGGCAGGGUUCUCAACUUGGCGAGAAGGCGCUCAGACUGCACGACACUGUGAGUGCAGCGCUAUGUAACUUUACACGACCUCAUUGCCGUACAUCUUCUCACGCUUUUCCGCCCCUCCUGUUUCUCGCCGCAGCUGCACCAUGUGCGUCUUCGAGCCAUCGCUGCACUCACAUCUCAGCGCACGAAAGCGCAUGCAUCUCUCGUUGCUAUGCAGCUCUCAUCCGCUCGUCAAGCUGCGGAGCUGGAUGAUGCCAGGACACAAGCUAGGAUGCUCGGCAGCAAAUUGGCGCGUGCAGAAGCUCGCGUUGAGGAAUCGAUUGAGGAGGAAUUGCGCUGGACCCACUCAAUGAGGCAUCAUGGCAGCGCACUGGCGCAGCAGCAGGCUGCAAGACAGGCCGCGCGCAGCAAUGGUGCUCAAGCAGACGUCUCUCCCAAUGCGCCUGGCUUGGCGGCACCAAUCGACCUCGAAAGUGUCAAGCAAUCCCCCAAAAGUCCUGCUGCUGCUCUAGCGAGCGCCACUGCCCCACAGGCCGCUUCUUCUUCUUCUACGACUCUCUCAGGACUUGGCAUUAGUGCUGGUGGUGCACCUGCUGACUCUGCCGCAGCCACGCCUGCAAUGUCCAGCACGACAGACGCUGAGGUCGAUUCCCCAUUGACUGUCUUGACCCGCAAUUGCAACAAGCUCAGCUCCGACAAACGCUAUCUGAAGGCGAAGUGGCGCGAGGAAAUCGCCCGGAACGAGCGACUCGAGCAGGAAUUACGUGCUUUCCGUCCGCUCUUCUUGCAGAGCAAUCGAGCGUCCGCCGGAACAGCCUCUCCACUCCCGGCGUCGAGCCACACGCCAAAGCGCUCAAAUUCAAGUCGUCGUCGCGGUACUGGGAUGGGAGAUGCCGAAGCGGAGCUGCUGCUUGCUACAGCACGACGCAUGCGUGAGACUAGGCGAACGGAUAUUCGUCGAUCGCCGCAAAAGGCAGGCGCCACAAGAGAGCUGACGACGCUGGAAGACGGUCGUCCAACGACGCCGCCACGGACUUCGCAGCCUUCUCAACCCAGCACCCCGUUCACCCCACGUACGCCACGCACCGUGCCUGUCUUGCGUACUCCUGGCAGAGAUGAGGCUGGCUCAUCAAAUUGGGGUCAAAGUUCCAGCAGACAAGACAGUGCUGCAGCUAGCAACGCAUCACCAAUCAAAAAUGCGGCGAAUGUACCUGGUUCAGCGAGUAGCGCGCGUGGCAUCGAUGAGCUACUGCACGCUGCCCAGACUGUCAUGACACCAAGCGAACGACCAGCAGCGCACCAAACUCCACGCCGCGGACUCGCUUCGCUCAGUGCGGGCUAUGGUGACAGAGGCUACUUCCUUGAUGCGAAGUCUCCCAAGAUGAAUGUCUCUGCGCUGUUGAGCGAAAACGACGCCAUCAACGAGAGUCCCAAGCGGCGCCGCAUGUCCACAUCCACGCACGAUGCCUCUGACGUGAGAUUCGCAGGUGGACAGGGCAUAGAAAUCGCGGAGUUGGCUUCCUCGCCUGAGGGUCGCCCUGCACAGCCAGCACAUCGUUCACAGCACGUCAAACUCGCCGAGCCGCAGCACGAAGCUUCGACCGCGCAGUCAUCUGGACUAUCAGCGCUUGACUUGCUUGCAGACCAAGCUGCUGCUUCUCAACAACCCAGUCAGAGCUCUGACCACUCGCGAUCAGGGGGACUGAGCGACGCCCCAGCAUCAAGCUCUGAUGAAGGAAUGAUCGAAGAAGAAGGCGUGGAGCACGGCGAUGAAAGAUGGUUCUCUCAGUCACACCAUGGUGCCUUUUAUGGAGGUCCACCCGCUUCGCAAUCUUCCGCACGGUACGCCUAUGGACCAGAAGGUGGCAGACCUGGCUGGCCCGCCUCACCAGAGAACAUUCGCAUGGCGAAUGUCCAUGGAUCCGCCCAUCACGGCUUGCCCUACGUGCCGCGCGCUGUCUCGCCUACGCGCGCAACACCUUCCAAAGCGGCAUUGGUUGCGCUACAGGCGAGUCCGCCGAAGAGCAAAGGUGGAAACACAAGUCCGGACAAGCGCCUGCCUUACAUUCGAUGGAGCGAAGAGGAGGAUAGGCGGCUGAAGCGCGCGAUCAGCGAGUACGGCCAAAGGUGAGUGGAUUGUCACGUAUGAUGACGUCGCAGCAAGCUAGGGCGUCGAAUAACCGAAUCGAGCUUACCUGUUUUCCCCCUCUUUGUGCCAUCCAGAUGGGAACAGGUCGCACGCAGUGUUGGGACUCGAUCGUACCAUCAGUGCCGUCAGCGCGCGCUCUUGAUGCGGCGCAAAACUGCUCAAGCAGGAGGCUCAGACGGCGGUCCUUCGCUAGCGCCCGCGUCUUCCAUAGCCUCUGCCGGUCAUCCUUCGCCUUAA